GUGCAGGGUGCCAGCGAGAUGACGGCAGCGCGAUGCAGGCUUAAAUCUGGCGUGCAAUCGCGUUGGCGAGGCCUCACCGGCAUACCCUGCGCCCCCCUUGAUCCCGAGCGGAGGCGGGUCUCGGUGGACCCCAUGGGUGCCAAGAUGCUGCCAUCCAAAACCUGGAAGCAUUAGCCUCCAGGCGGCACACGCAUGUGCAAUGGAUGUGUGUGUGUGUGUGUGUGUGUGUGUGUGUGUGCGCGUGUGUGCGUUUGUAUUCAUGACAUCUCAGGACAAUUUUAUGAUAACACACCUUCACAAUGAGGACCUGUGGAAAAAUGAGGACAUUUUUCGCGUCCUCAUAUUUCCACGCAGUCUACACUACUCUAGAGCUCACGAGGAUACUCCCACACCAAAAAUAAGUGAUGUCCUGAAAGAGCACAAUUUUCAGAAAUUGUGUGUUUAAGUGUGUUUAACUUUCGACUCACUUUUCAUUUGGAAAACUAGUGGCCAACUUCGGUACUUAACACACUUUUAACACACUUUCAGUGACGUCAUUGUGCAGGACCUCAAAUGUCAUCUUUUUCGGACUGACUCACACAUUUUCCCCGCCCUCGUCCUGAUAAGUCACAUCAAUUAGCAGUCACACAAAAUCCAACAUGUGAAGCAGCCAGACAAUCCUACUCUCAAACACGACCACGCGUGGAUGACCAUCGGGUAAGCAAUUCCUUUUCAUUAAUCUUACCGUAACAUAGAAGUUGUUCAAUAUAACCGUGUUUAACAGUGCCCACCAAGGGUAAUAUCAUUCAAUAAGACAGCUAGCUAGCUAGCUAGCUCGAUCGUUAGCAUGCUAAUAAGCUUCCAGUAAAAGUAAUGUGGACAUGUCCUGCAGGCAAGGUUCUGGAAAACUUUUCUAAAUCUUUAACAACACAGUCUGUGGAACUUGGUUUUGGUACCAUAUGUUUAUUUCAGUGCAGUAUUUGUUUUAUUCGAUUGCAGUUAAUUUAAAUUAGUUAGUACAGGUAGCCUAAUGAAAGUGGGCCAGGCACUUCUAGCAUUUACGCUAAGCCCGGUGUAUUUACACUGUUUAUUCUUGUGCUGAUUCAAUUGUACACUGUUUCAAUGAAAAAAACAAACAAACGUUUGCAAUGAAAUUAUAGCAGAAUUCAGCUUUGUUGGUACAUUUGGUCAAGACAAUAUUGUGUUACUCUAUUUUAAUUUUACAUUGUUAUCUGCCUGACAAAUGGUUUGCCCGAAUCUAUUAGUCUGACCAGCAAAUGUUUGAUGAAAUGAAUUUUUGUAUUUUUGAGGAAGAAAAUAAUAUUCCUUUGGCUCAGUACUUUUUGAGCCAAAAUAAGUGCUGCCAUAAUAUUGUGCUUGCUUGUCUGACUGACUUCUUCUCACUUUCCAUUGUAGAUGUUUACUGGUGGUGAUAAUGUCACAAAGAAGAACCAGACUGAGCCCUGAAUCUGAGGCUGCUCCUUUUAUCUGGAGUCAACAAGCCUUGUUUGAAAGCCCAGUGGAUCAAUGAUUAUAAAGACACCAAGUGACAGGUACCUGACUGAACCCUCUGGAAACCAUGAAUGGAGUGAGAGAUCCACUUCAUCCUUACAACAGACAUCAAGUGACAGGUACCUGACUGAACCCUCUGGAAACCAUGAAUGGAGUGAGAGAUCCACUUCAUCCUUACAACAGACACCAAGUGACCUGACUGAACCCUCUGGAGACCAUGAAUGGAAUGAUAGAUACACUUCAUCCUUACAACAGACAUCAAGUGACAGGUACCUGACUGAACCCUCUGGAAACCAAGAAUGGAGUGAGAGAUCCACUUCAUCCUUACAACAGACACCAAGUGACCUGACUGAACCCUCUGGAGACCAUGAAUGGAGUGAGAGAUCCACUUCAUCCUUACAACAGACACCAAGUGACCUGACUGAACCCUCUGGAGACCAUGAAUGGAAUGAUAGAUACACUUCAUCCUUACAACAGACACCAAGUGACCUGACUGAACCCUCUGGAAACCAAGAAUGGAGUGAGAGAUCCACUUCAUCCUUACAACAGACAUCAAGUGACAGGUACCUGACUGAACCCUCUGGAAACCAAGAAUGGAGUGAGAGAUCCACUUCAUCCUUACAACAGACAUCAAGUGACAGGUACCUGACUGAACCCUCUGGAAACCAAGAAUGGAGUGAGAGAUCCACUUCAUCCUUACAACAGACACCAAGUGUUCCGAUCCUGAUGAAACCUUUUGAAGAUCAAGAAAGGAGUGGAAGAUCCACUUCUUCCUUACAACAGACACCAAGUGACCUGACUGAACCCUCUGGAGACCAUGAAUGGAAUGAGAGAUAAAUUCUCAAAAUUCUCAAAUUUUCAAAAUUCUCAUUAUUUCCUGGAAUAUCUUAUUUUGAUUAUUUUAUUUUUCCAUUUUUAAUAAAUAAUGCCUUCUUUUACAGGUGGGAAUAAGAGACGCACGUGGACAGAUUAUGAAGUGAAGGCUGUUGAGCGACAUAUGUUUGAUUUCAUAACAAGCCAUAAAGUUUCAGGUAAAACGA